AGUCUCUCCCUCUGUUCUCUCUGGCUGUGUGUGUAUAAAAUCACUCUCAGUCUGACAGCGUUUCAGUAACCUGUGCCAUGCACAGAGCGGGAUGUACUUACUAACCAUCUGCUUGCAUGGCACGGGUUAACUGAGCCUGUGGGAUUGUGCUUACCUAAACAAAACCACUGCAGUGAGGGGAAAAACAAUGAAUGGGUGGAGAUGAUCAGCCCAUGCAUUCCAGCUAGUGCAGUCCAGGCAGCAAUGACAGCCUGAAGGUUGCAGCAGCAUCGGGAUCGGCAUUCCAAGUGCACUGAUCUUACAGUCUGGAGUGAUUUUGUGUGGAGCUGCUCUUUAUUUGCUGAGCCAUGGCCAGUAACCAGGCCAGCCUGCAGGAUGAUCAGAGCAGGCACUGCAAGUUCUUAUCCUAUAUGUUCUACCAGGCUGUGAGAGAUCACAAGCCUGUGUGGAUGCUGGAAGACAUGAGAACUAUGGAAUAUUUUUACUGGGAGGAAAAUGCCAGCCUACGAACCUACUCACCUUCAGAAGCCCUUCUCUAUGCAGUGGUGCAUAAUCACCUGCCUUAUGCUCAGUAUCUGCUGUCUCAUUUUCCAGAGGAGGCUCUCAAGGUGCCUGGGGAACACUUCUGCUAUUGCCCAUCCUCUGCUCCUCAUUUGGCCAUGGCGGUCACAUAUGACAGGAGAGAUAUCUUGGGACUGAUCAUCAAAAUUGCACACAAGCUCCCCAGCUUGAACUCCUACAUCAAUAGGGCUGGCUGCUUUCAUCUGGAAGAUGGGAAAACCCCCCUGCACCUUGCCUGUGAACUGCUGAGGUCAGAGACGGUCCUAAUCCUCCUUGGGAAUGGAGCCUCUCCCAGGAUAGAGGACAGUAAAGGGCUUACCCCUCUGGACGUCAUCCUGGAGCAGAUGUGGGACUCCAAAGUCAAUGUCGCAUCAAAGAAGCUCUGCCUCGACUACCUCUUGCUCUUCAUGCCCAACCCACAGUUUAAGAUGAGGAAAGUUCUGCAGGAGCAUCCAGACCACUGGACAGCUUUGCUGGGAGAAGACAAAUUCAACAGCCUGGUGGGGAACACACCUGCUUCUUUAUACCUGCAAGCUAUGCAAACUAUUCUCCAGACUCUUCCCCCUUCUCACUUCCCUAAAAGCAUCCAGGAACUACCUAUACCUCAGGCACUAAAGCCCUUACCAUCCUAUGGCAAAAAGCUACCGACAAAAAAUGUGCACCAUUAGCAGGAAGAUUCUGACCUCUGACCUCUUUACACCUGAAGUAACGCUUUUUAAGUCAAUUUUAUCACUCCUGAUGUUUGUUGGUCUAAAGGAAGACAGAAACUGUUUGUGCAUUUAUGUUGUUUGAGACUCUUCUGACUUCAGCAUACAAAUAAAAGUGAUACUUAAUCCCCAAAAUAAUUUUUUACAUUUUUCAUACUUUGAAUGUAUAUAGAUAUAUAUUUUCCAUCUCUCCAAUUCUGAUGGGCAUUUCCCUGUUCCCAGUUUCCUUGGCUUUUUUGGAAUCAGCAUGGCAGUGACAGAUGCUUAAGACCGAAUGUUGCCAUGCCCAAAUACAAAUGAAUGUUCACUGUAUGCUAUGACUUUCUUAUAAAGCCCUACUUUUGUAAUUUUUAGGGGGAAAAAAUCUUCACUAUAAUUGUGUUUGUACAUUACUUGCUGCAUGAUUAAAGAUAAAUUGUAAUGUGCUGGAAUAAAGCAUAUAUACAUAGCCUGAUAAUUAGGUAUAUUAGCUGUGAAAAUAAUUUAAUCUGAUUGUAUUACUAUAA